GUCUCCCUCCGCUCCAGUCUGCGUUUCUACGAGGUACCGGUGAAGGGAAGCGAGUCUGCGUUUAAUUUCUUAAAACAAAGCCUUUAAAAUGGCGUUAUUAGUGAGCCUUGGAGCUCUGUUGGCGUGUUUGUGCGCCACCAAUGCCAUGACAGCUGGUUUUAUGAAGUCCCCCAUGUCUCAAAUGAAACUGGUUGAAGACAGUGCUGAGCUCCACUGUGAGGUAAUGGGGAACCCCAUCCCCGAGGUUCAGUGGUGGUUUAUUGAGGGGGAUGAGCCGGAGGAGACGUUCACGCAGCUGUUUGACGGGGCGCGCCAGGAGCAGGUCAGGAUCAACGCCACCUACAUCCUUCACGCCACCAGCGCCAUUUACUUUGCAAACCUCUCGCUCAACGAUUCGGGCACUUAUGAGUGCAGAGCCUCCAAUGACCCUGACCGCAAUGACCUAAAGAAGAGCCCCAAAAUCAAGUGGAUUCGCUCACAGGCAAACAUUAUCGUAUUUGAAUAUCCUUUUAUUGUAACAACGCCAAGAGAGGUUGUGAAUAACACUGAAACGACUGUCCGGCUGUCCUGCAACCUGACAAACCCAACCUCUCCUGUCGCUGGAAGUUACUGGGAGAAAGACGGGAAGAAAAUCGAGAAUUCUGCGAACACAGAGCCAAAUGUCGUCGCACAAUACACGAUAUCGAAGACAGACCUCCAAUCUGGUGGAGUGUAUUACUGUGUGUUUCUCACCUCUCCAAAAGUGAAUUCUUCAAUCGAAGUAAAAGUUCUUCCUCAUGUGAAGGCUUAUAAGCACUCUGAGCAAGGCAAUGAAAAUGACAAGGGGGUACUUAGCUGCAAAUGCCACAGUUACCCUUUACCCACUGACUGGCAGUGGUUCAAGGUUAUCGGGGAUAAGAAAACGCUCAUUACUAAUGGAACCGAGAGGUUUGAAGUAAGGAGCACCCCUGACGAGUCCAUCUUGUCUAUCGGAGAGCUAGAUAUAGAGAAGGACGCGGGAGACUACGAGUGUUUGGCCACCAACGAAGUCGGCAGCGGCUCUGACAAGAUUCAGCUCCGCGUGCGCAGCCGCCUGGCCGCCCUGUGGCCCUUCCUGGGCAUCGUGGCAGAGGUCAUCAUCCUCGUCACUGUCAUCUUCAUCUACGAGAAGAGGAGAAAGCCCGAUGAGAUCACCGACGAUGAUGACUCAGGAGCUGCCCCUCUAAAGAGCAAUGCGGCAACUAACCAUAAGGACCAAAAUGUCAGGCAGAGAAACUGCAACUGAAAACUGGGGGAAGAUGCCCUCAAGACUACUAUUGCAGAGAUCUUUCAUCGUGCAGUUACUUUCCAGUGCAUCCUGCGAUACAUUUCUUUUUUUAAUAUGUAAAAGUUCAGUGAAGUAGUCCUUGCUGGUGGAUUUCUGUACAUUUUUUUUUUAUGUAUAUAAAUAUUUUGCCUACCAGUGCUUUUUUCUUUUUUGCUCCCCUCUCAUGCUACUUUGCACUGAUGGGUAACUUAGGGUUAAUUUAACAAGAGGGCUUGUCUGUCUGAAUACUGCAUGAUUUUUAUAGGCUCUGUUGAUGGUGAAACUUUUCUAAUGUGUGAAAUGUGUAGAGUGGGUUUUUUGUUUUUUUUGUUGAACUUGGCAAUGCCUGAAAUAAGAGUGGCUAAUGUGAUUUGACUCACUGUUAAAUUAUAUAAAUAUUCAUACAAAAAGAUAGGAUUUUCCAAAUUGUUCUUUUGUAUGUGCAAAUGGUAAUACAACUUCUGCUGCAAAGUAUGCAUGCUUUUCCUACAACCUUUUAAUCUUUUCCAGUACAAAAUUUAAACAGGGUGCAUUUCAUAACCUUGAUGUACAUGCAUAUAUUUUUACACUUAUUGGCAGGUAGCAAGUAUGUAUAAAUGGGUUACUUUUGCAGUGGUGUAAAUCUCCUAUGCUCGCUAUUUUUACCAUUCCCUGUAACAAGUGGGCCAUAUAUAGAGAGGUAGCUCCUGGCUUAACUCUUUCUGUCCUUUACAGUUGUCAAUCAGAUUACAUUUGGGGUGAGUUGCUAUUGCCAGAAUGCCUUUUAACAUUUUUUUUUUUUUUUAAAUAGUCUCUAUAUAUGCCAUGUACUAGUGUAACAAGCUCCUAGGUGUAUGAUUUGAUUUACAUUGAAUACAUGUUUUAAAUGGUAUGCAUAAACCAUUAUAAAUUAUUUUGCCUGAAUCGACACAAGCUAACAGUGCAAAAACCACCUUGUCACCUCCUAACAACUUGCACAAAAAUUUAAUAAACUUCCUUGAUUUUA